AUGAUUGUCGCUCUUGAAACAUCGUCUUCUGUCAAUCUGCGCCCGUUCGGAUUCCUUCGUCGCGACUCCAGACCUGCGGCCAUGGAAAUUGUGACCGCGGACGACAAGCCCCAACCCCUUCCUCCCUACUCCGGUUCAGCGCCCCCCAUGCAUCGCAUACCACCGUCGGAGGGAUCGCAUGGCGUACCAGGUGGUCCAGGAUUGUAUGAUCAUUCGUGGCGCCAGUAUCCCUCGUCGUUCGAUACACACCCUGCCGAACAGCGUCGAACAUCCGCCCCGCAACCGUCAUUGCCCUCCCAUGGGUAUCCCUCGAUGAACCGAGAGCUACCACAACUGCCCACCGAUGGACCCUACGGGCGACCAGGUAGCUUACCUGCGCCCUCCCAGACGCCAACAGAACCGACUCCGCCCCAUGCUAGCUUCCAUCCCAUGAAUGGGACCCCCCACGAACCUGCCCCCCAUUCCGCACCUCCUGAAUACCGCCCUCGAAUCCCAUUCCCACCGCAAGAGCCACACAGUAACGGGGAUGCUCCGCCUCCACACUCCCUCCCCCCAUCCCAAUAUCCAACAACCGUCCCACCGCCCGUAUCGCACACACCCGUUCCCUAUGACUCGAGCUAUUACCAGAAUCCGGCAUAUGGCAUGCGCCAGCGCAAAGCUGCCCGAGCUCAACAGGCUUGCGACCAGUGUCGAGCGAGGAAAGCCAAGUGCGAUGAAGGACGUCCCGCUUGUAGUCAUUGCAAAGAAAAUAACUUGAUUUGUGUUUAUAAAGAAGUCCCCCCUCAUAAACAGGAAAAGGCUACCCAGCUGAUACUAGAUCGGAUGCAACAAAUGGAAGACCGACUGGAAGACCGACUGACCCAAUUUCAAAAAAUUCAGGUGGAACAGAACUCGCUACUCGGUACAUUGUCUGAUAUCACCAAAAUCAAAGACCGCAAUGCGCCCGUCAAUAAAGAGCUGCAGAAACUCUUUCCAUUCUUGAAAAGUGAUGCGCCGGAAGUUCCCCAGGAGCCUGAGAUCAAGGAGCAGACCGCGCCUGCAGGAGUACAGAAAAUCGAUAUCACGAAUCCUCUUGAGCAGCAGCUCCUCCAAACGGGGGAAGAUGGUGAGCUGUCGAUUCCGGUGGAGCACACAACAGCAGCACACAAAUUACUUGGCUGGCCCUCAAUCAAGUCUCUGCUACUACCCUACCUCUAUGACGAGGACUACGUCAUGAAACUUGAAGAGGAAAGAGGUCUAAUCCGUCUCUAUGGACGUGGUGAGGGAGAUGAUUCAAGCGAGGAAAGACUCACACCAUCAACCAGUUUGAGCGCGAGUUGGGAUGAACGAUAUCACCCUGCUGCCUCCCCUAAUGGGGGAUGGAAUGCCAACUUCAAAUCCAAUGGUUAUACACCGAAACAAGAAAAUAAGGAUAUCGAUGAGGACGGUAUGCUUUCGGUAGAUGCUGAAACUCUACGUGGCUAUCGCAAUAGCUACCUAGAGCAUAUACACAAACUUCAUCCGUUUCUUGAUCAAACAGACCUGGACAAGGGAAUUAAUCAAUUUAUCAACAUAUAUUGCCUCAAAACAUCCCCCCCGCAGGGGCCUCCAUUAAACCCCUUAAAUACUUCAACAGAUGCGCCAAGGGGCGCAAAACGAAAACGAUCCUUUGAGGCUCUACGAGGGCCUGGAUAUGACAUGCGUUCUCCGGGUGCAAAGCCUGAUGGAUCCCCUACAAGCCAGCCUGUGGCGAAGUCAAUCAAUAAUGCCAUUAUUUUAUUGGUGUUUGCCCUUGGCCGCAUCUGUCAAGUUCGAUCUAUUGCCAUUGCUGGACCCAUUACUGACCAACCCACGGACUACCGACAACAGCACAUUCCCAGCGCAUCUUCUCGAACUGUUCCAUCUCCAUCUGGGUCGGAUUCUAUGCUCCCGCCACAAGGAAGCUUCUACUCCUCAUACCAAAACCCGCCACUAUCAUCUCCAUUAGAUAGUAGCAACAACGGGGCUCAUGAUAAUUCUCACCUUAGAAAUAUAGAUGUUAUCCCUGGUCUAGCAUAUUAUGCGCAUGCUACGCGGAUUCUUGGGAGUCUUCAGGGUAUAAACACACUCCCUCACGUUCAAGCUGCUCUAUUAGCAGGUUUAUACGCCGGCCAACUCGCACAUCCCUACCAGAGCCAUGGAUGGAUCUACCAGGCUUGUAGAGCUUGUCAGGUGCUUGUACGAUCGAAACGGUAUGAGAAACUUGUCGAGGGCCAUGAAAAGGAUCUAGUUAAUUUUGCAUACUGGACAUGUCUACAACUUGAAAGUGAUAUCCUAGCAGAACUUGAUCUUCCUGCAAGUGGGAUUUCUCGCUCCGAAGCACGCAUUGCCUUACCCAAGGGCCGAUUCACUCUUUCAUUACCAAAUGAUAUGUCCGCGCCUAGUACAAUAAUGAUGUUCUUCUAUUCAGCUCAGAUUCAUUUGAGAAAGGUUCUCAAUCGCGUUCAUACAGAUCUAUAUAAAGUUGAAAAACAAGGUCAAACUAGGUGGUCUUCUAAUGUACAAGAGAUCCUAAGUAUGAAUCUGGAUCUAUGGCGGUCUAGCCUUCCAGAGGUCAUGAGAUGGAAAGAUACCGAUCCUCCAUCAGACGAUAUUAAUGUUGCCCGCAUGAGAGCCAAAUAUUAUGGCGCGCGUUAUAUCAUCCAUCGACCGCUUUUAUAUCAUGCGCUGCAUUAUUCAGGUCCAAAUGCGCCCUCUUCUGUCGAUUCCCCAGUUGGAUCCAUAAUAUCUGGAUCUAAGUCCCAGCAGGUUUCGCCUUCAAUGACCCAUAACCAGCGCGCUACUAAUAUGAGUCGCAUAUCAAGCGAUAUAGGCAUGAUGGGUCGAAAUUCAGGGCCAUCUAAUCAGGCAGCGACCCUUACAUACCGUGAUUUGCCUACAAAGUUGCGCAGAGCGUGCAAAGUAUGUGUGGAUUCAGCCAUCUUAAGUACAGAAGCAUUCGAUGGCAUUCAAAAUAGCCGCCCAGUAGUGACAAAUAUUUUUGGGACUGCUCAUGCACAAUUUGGAAAUAUGCUGGUCCUAUCUACUACCUACAUGUCACACCUCUCCGAGCUGGUAGAUCGUAAUGACCUUGAACGACUUCUCAAGCGAACUAUUGCCUUUUUACUCCAGAGCCGGCAUAUAUCACCAAGUUUAAGGGCGGAUGCAAAAAUCCUCACCGAGAUCUAUGAGAGGAUAUUUGGAGACACACCUGUGGUCGUAAUCCCAUGA